AGAGCAGGGCGGCUCUCCUGACUGUGGAUAUAAACCAGGGCUCCAGGUGAAGUCCUCUCAUCGACAGGAUCACACAGCAACCAUGAGGUGUCUCGUCUUCGUUCUGCUCGUCGGAGCUGCCUUUGCCCUGGAUGACGACAAGAUCGUCGGAGGCUAUGAGUGCCAGGCCCACUCCCAGCCCCAUCAGGUGUCUCUGAACUCUGGCUACCACUUCUGUGGUGGCUCCCUGGUCAACGAGAACUGGGUUGUGUCUGCUGCUCACUGCUACAAGUCCCGUGUUCAGGUUCGUCUUGGAGAGCAUGACAUCACCCGCAACGAGGGCACCGAGCAGUUCAUCGACUCCUCCCGUGUCAUCCGCCACCCCAACUACAACUCCUGGAACAUCGACAACGACAUCAUGCUGAUCAAGCUGAGCAGGCCCGCCACCCUCAACUCAUACGUGCAGCCUGUGGCUCUGCCCACCAGCUGUGCUCCUGCUGGCACCAUGUGCAGAGUCUCUGGCUGGGGCAACACCAUGAGCUCUGUUAGUGGCGACCAGCUGCAGUGCCUGGAGAUCCCCAUCCUGUCUACCAGGGACUGUGAGAACUCCUACCCCGGCAUGAUCACUGAUGCCAUGUUCUGCGCUGGAUACCUGGAGGGAGGCAAGGACUCUUGCCAGGGUGACUCUGGUGGCCCCGUCGUGUGCAACAGUCAGCUGCAGGGUGUUGUGUCCUGGGGCUACGGAUGUGCUGAGAGGGACCACCCUGGUGUCUACGCCAAGGUCUGCAUCUUCACCGACUGGCUGAAGACCACCAUGGCCAGCUAUCCCGGCACGGGUCCAGAAAAAGUCUUGCAUCUCUUUCCAGUCAUGAGGUCUCUGGUCUUUGCUAUGCUCCUCGGGGCUGUAUUUGCCACAGAGGAUGACAAGAUUGUCGGAGGGCAUGAGUGCACACCUCACUCCCAGCCCCAUCAGGUGUCUCUGAACUCUGGCUACCACUUCUGUGGUGGCUCCCUGGUCAACGAGAACUGGGUUGUGUCUGCUGCUCACUGCUACAAAUCCAAAAUGGACAUUGUCCUUGGUGAUCACAACCGUUGGUUCACGGAUGGCAAUGAACAGAUCAUUCCCGCUGCCCGUGUGAUCCCUCAUCCCAACUAUGAGUCCUGGCUAGUCAACAAUGACAUCAUGCUGAUCAAGCUGAGCAAACCUGCCACCAUCAACCAGUAUGUGCGGCCUGUGGCUCUGCCAGCGAGCUGUGCCCGAGCUGGCACCAUGUGCACGGUCUCUGGAUGGGGUGUGACGAUGAGCUCUUCCGCUGACAGUAACAAGCUGCAGUGCCUGGACGUCCCCGUCCUGUCUGAUGAGGACUGUGACAACUCCUACCCCGGCAUGAUUACCGAGGCCAUGUUCUGCGCUGGAUACCUGGAGGGAGGCAAGGACUCCUGCCAGGGUGACUCUGGUGGUCCUGUCGUGUGUGACGGUGAGCUGCAGGGUGUUGUGUCCUGGGGCUUUGGGUGCGCAGAGAAGAACCACCCCGGUGUCUACGCCAAGACCUGCAUUUUCACAGACUGGCUGCAGAGCACCAUGGCCAAUUACUGA